GCAGCUAGCGCUCCCCCAAGGGAAAACAAAACAAAAGGGGCAGAAUCAAAAGUGGGGAAGGAAAGACAGAGGUAGGAAAAAAUGGCGACAGCAACGACCCAGCACCUGCUCCUCUCGCCGGCCGAGCUCGCGUACCUGCACACGUCGCUGAGCCUGGGGCCGCCGGUGCGUCCGGACGGGCGCACGGCGUCGCAGUUCCGGCCGCUGACGGCGGAGACGGGGGUGCUUCCCGGCGCCAACGGCAGCGCGCGCGUGUGCUUCGCCGACGGCACCGAGGCCAUCGUCGGCGUGAAAGCCGAGGUCGAGAAGCAGACGCGGUCGACCGCGGCGCCGUAUUCCGAGUACUUCUACGAGAACAAGGAGUUGAGGCGGAGGGAUAGGAGAGGGGGGAAGGGGAAAGGAAACGGAGAGGGAAAAUCUGAGAGUAAAGGUUUAGUUGAGGAGGAAGAGGAGGAAGGAGAGGCGGAUAUGGGGAAGGCGUUGGGCUCGAAUGACUGGGUUGAUAUCUCGGUCGAGAUCCCGGGGUACAGGGACGACGACAGCAAUACCGUGUUCCUGAGCUCGAUGCUGAGCGAGGCGCUGCUGGCCGAUGGCGAGUUUACCAAGAAGCUGUGCAUCAACCGACGGUUUCACUGGAAGGUGUACAUUGAUAUCGUCCUCAUAUCCCCACCAUUAUCAUACCCGCUGCCCCUCCUCAGUCUGACGACACACCUUGCGCUGCUUGCCACGCGCCUGCCCAGGUUAAAAUCCGAAGCCGACGAAGACCCCAUGUUCGACGACGACUGGGCCGCGUCCAAGUUCAUCUACCCGCGACAGAGGGACACAAGUACUGCGCUCAGCACCCGACCGCCUAUCACGCUGCUGGUCAUGGCAGUAAGCGACAACAUCAUCUUCGACCCGUCCAAGGAGGAGCUGGCCGUCGCAGACUCCGUCCUCGCGGUCUCAGUCGGCGAGAGGAACAUCCCCGUGGGAGAUGCGCAAGCCAUGGAUAUCGACGGAGGGGCAGGAGCCGGCAGACAACUCCGACUGCUCUCCGUGCGCACGAUAGACCCCCCGUCGCGAUUAACCGCGCCGGGCGUACCGAACGCGGAGAACGCCGCGGCAUGGGGACAGGGCCCGCCCGCGGCCAAGGAUCCGGGCGCCAGGGCGGCGGAGACGGACAAUGUGGAAGGCGUGUGGAAGGCACCCAGAGGCGGAGCCAAGGUCGCCGUCCUCGGGACCAUGGUGCAGAAGGUACUAGAAAAGGGGGGCAUUGCGGAUAAAAUCUUGGAGGCGUUAGACGCCGUCGACUUAGAGUAGCUUCGUAAUUAUGAUACCACGAUGAACUAAAAUGCCACAUUUCGCCUUGUCCGGGAGCAGAGCUUCAUUGCUAAGGAGGCCGCCGUAAGGGACCUCGCUGUCAUAAUAUUGUUUUUUGCUUAUUCGCGUUACUUCGUACUUGUACAUGCA